ACCACAAGCAAACUGCAAUCUCCAAUUUAGAAGAGUACCUGUACCUCAGCGAGGAGGUUUUUUUCCCCCACUUGGUUGUUAACACCAGCUGUAUUUUUGUCUGUCUAGGUUCAAACUUAUUUUUUCAAGACUAGCGGGGGGAAUAUAAACAAACCACAAGGACUGGUCGAAGAAUCAUUUUGGGCUGGGGUCAUGGCUUCCAACAGCAUAUUUGACUCGUUUGCAACUUAUUCGCCAACCUUCCUCCGUGACCCCAGCACCAGCCGGCGCUUCACACCUCCCUCCACGGCCUUCCCCUGCGGUAAGAUGGGAGAGAACAGCGGGGCGCUGAGCUCGCCGGCGCCCGGCUCCAGAAGUCGGCCAGAGGUGCGCUCGAUGGUGGACGUGCUGGCGGACCACGCGGGCGAGCUGGUGCGCACAGACAGCCCCAACUUCUUGUGCUCGGUGCUGCCUUCGCACUGGAGGUGCAACAAGACCCUGCCGGUGGCCUUCAAGGUGGUAGCCCUUGGAGAUGUACCUGAUGGGACUGUAGUCACAGUCAUGGCUGGAAACGAUGAGAAUUAUUCUGCAGAGCUCAGAAACGCCUCCGCAGUCAUGAAAAAUCAAGUGGCAAGGUUUAAUGACCUCAGAUUUGUUGGGCGAAGUGGCAGAGGAAAAAGCUUUACAUUGACAAUCACAGUGUUCACAAACCCCACACAAGUCGCUACCUAUCACCGAGCCAUUAAAGUGACUGUGGAUGGACCCCGGGAACCAAGAAGGCACAGACAAAAGCUAGAAGACCAAGCCAAGCCCUACACAGACCGCUAUAGCGAACUGGAACGUCUGCGCCAGUCUAUGAGAGUUACCCCAACAACUCCCAAUCCCCGAGGAUCCCUGACCGCCCCAGGCCACUUUGGGUCACAGACUCAGACUCCAAUACAAGGCACGUCGGAUCUGAGCCCCUUCUCUGACCCACGUCAGUUUGAUCGCUCCUUUCCCACGCUGCCGGCCCUCACCGAGACCAGGUUUUCCGACCCCCGGAUGCAUUACCCCGGCGCGAUGUCAGCGGCCUUCCCUUACACCGCCACGCCCUCAGCCACAGGAAUCAGUGGCCUCAGCAUGACCAGCAUGCCCACCACGACCCGCUUCCACCACACCUACCUUCCACCACCCUACCCUGGCUCCACCCAGAACCAAAGUGGACCCUUCCAAACCAACCCCUCCCCUUACCAUUUGUACUACGGUACGUCGUCCGGAUCAUACCAGUUCUCCAUGGUGGCCGGGGGGGAGCGCUCGCCCACGAGGAUGCUGUCCUCCUGCACAAGCGCCUCGGCGGGCAACAACUUAAUGAAUCCCAACCUUGCCAAUCAGAAUGAUGGAGUGGAUGCGGAUGGUAGUCACAGUAACUCGCCUACAGCCAUGACGACCACCGGGAGGAUGGAUGAGUCUGUCUGGAGACCCUACUAGAAAGGACUCAAGGAGGCACGUGUAACUUGAACCGAAUAAAAUGCCCACCAGUGUGUUACUCUUGUCAAUCGCGAAUAGAGCAAAAUGAGGCCUAGCAUGGGAGGCCUCCCAAUGUGAAGGCAAGUCAGGAUCCUUCCUUCAUCAAUAUAGGUAAUUGGCAAGCAAAGACGGACCAGAGCUGUAUACAGUUCAAGACACGCGUUGACAAGGCUUGACUUGGUUACUCAGUAAGGUCCCUUUGGUCUCUCUGAAAUGGGUGGAUUGUAUAUAGGAGUGUGUGGAAUCAGAUGUUUGUUAAUUGCGCAGCUAUGGCUAUGUUCGAAAUGCCGAUCAAUCAUCUCGCUCUUAACCAAAAAAACCCUGCCCUCCUGCAGAAUCAUAGGUGUUAGAGAAAAUUUUACAAAGCCCCCAGAAAUCAGCCAGUCCAUCUCUCUGCAAAUACAAAAAGAAUGAACUAAGACGCCUUAGCCACUCGCCCCUUCCAGAAAAGGACCUUUAACCACCAAAUGAACUCAGUAAGGAUACCAGAGCUGCCCGCAUCAGCUGAGACGCGAGUCUUGUUUACAGCAAAACAGAUGUGACUGGCUCUCGCUGACGCAAUUAAGGCUCUGAAGAACAUUGCUAGCAAGUGAGCAGGUAUCAGCCAUGUGAACAAGUGCUGUGAUAUGAUUUGGAACGUGGUUGUAUUGUGAGUUUUGUUUUGUUUUGUUUUUAACAGUAACAUGGCUGAUCUCAUGCUUGACGACCUCCCCAAUCCCCUUCCCAUAUGUUUACAUGAGAUGUAAUUUUUUACACAAUGUGUUUUCCUUUUGUCCUGACAUGGACGUUAAGUUCUUGCUACUUCUAGUUAGUCUCAAUGGUUGCGUCCGAGACGAAGAAUGCGUUUGGGACAAUCCAGUGUGUGAGGUGCACUUACAAACAUGUUUGCUGCAAAGAGGACUCGGAAGCCUUUGGAAUCGUACGAAAUCCAGGAUAGUGGCUUCUCCUCUCUCAUCUCCAAGUGGCACACAGGCAGCUGUGGCAACACUUAGUAUUUAUUUUAUGGUUCUCUUCCAUUUUUACACCCAGAGUGGCUCAACACACCAGGCAUCUGUGCUUAAAGAAAGGAGAUUGUCAGCUGAUUCUUAAAGGACUGACUGAGAUUUGAAUGACCCCUCCAUUUUAAAUAAAAUGUAACUCCCUGGUUUUUUGGGUUUUUUUUAGACAAAUGAAAUCAUAAUCUAUACCACCUCUCAUCUCAAAGUGCUUAGCAUAAUUAUUCUUCAUAUCACAGCCCCUGCAGUGAUUUAGGACACUAUUAUUAUCCCCAUUUUACAGACAGGUAAACUGAGGUAGAAGGAUUUGUCUGAGGCCACGUUCAGUGGCACUAUUGACCCACGCAUACCACCGAUACCGGAGCAGCAGCUAGAGGCCUCAGCUGAGAUUACGGCCCAUUGUGCUGGGUGCUGCACAGACACAUAGUGACCAUCCUCCACUGUGACCUUACAACUGAAAUAGACAAAGCGCAAGGAAGUAAAUGAGACAUCACACAGUAGCUCUGUGGCAGAGUCUGGGCUAGAACCCAGCAUUCCUGGGAUCUCCCUGGACCAUACUGCCCCUCCACAUUGCUAGCUGACAAAAGUUAGCUCCCUGGGCUUCAAACAGGAACUAGGGCCUGAUCCUAACAUAACCUUACUCGCACUAAUUGUGCCAUUGAAGACAAUGAGACGACUCCUGUGAAUAAAGUACGGUUGCCUGUAUAACAGUUUGCCCCUUCAGCCUGCAAGUGGGUUGGAAGAGCUGCUACACUAGAUAACUGAACGUAACGCCCCAGUGGCAGGGUGGGUGGGACCAGAACCCAGGACUCGUGUGUUGCAAAUAGCUAUUUUAAAGAGGGGGUCCUGCUCCCGUGUUGCAGGGAAACAUGUACACCCAUGCAAAAUGGAUACAAAAUGCUACUGAACCAGACUGGAAGCAUUUUCCCUCCACUUUGCACAUAGCGACGGGCGAUUGAGAGUCAAGGCCUAGAAUUCGAUUCCCAGUCUUGUUAAAUAGGAUGGCCCCGUGGGAGUUGGGUGCAUCAGUCAGUAUCUUUUAGGAUCUGAACUAGAGGUCUCCUGUAGUUGUGUAGCCACUUCAGAUGAGACGCGUUAAUAAUAAUGCUGAAGCUUAGUUCUAAGUUUAUCAUAACUCUGUGAGUAUUAACAAAGCAUGUGGCUGGAAGCAAGCAUCUGUCUGGCAGGGUGAUGUAGGCCCAGAGCUGCCUCUUUUUUCCCCUUAACCAAUUAUGAAACUGCUACUACUCAGUGGGGGGGGGGGGAUAAAGUUAUCAUGAGAAUUAUUUAGCAUCUGGUUGCUUAUGUUUGAGUGAGUUAAGGUUGAAUUUCAUUGAGCCCUUGAGCUAGGGUGACCGGACAGCAAGUGUGAAAAAUCGGGACAGGGGAUGGGGAGUAAUAGGAGCCUAUA